UUCUUCUCAUAUUCGACUAUGGUUGGUCAAUUUCUUACUCUUACUUCCUACUUACUUCCAAUGUAGACGUCCUUUUAAUUGUGCGACAUGAAGGCAUGUUCGAACACGUUCGGAUAUAACCUAUGAUUUUUUGGGACAUAUUUUGGAAUUAUUUCCAAAGAAUAUAAUAUUUUAUCUUUUUUUUUUCGAUUUUUAAUAUAAUUCACUCAUAAGCAAGAUGGAAAUCUUGCCUAUGAACUAAGCCUAAGUACUUUAAAGUGACAGAUUGAUUAUAUUGCUUCAAUUAACGCUUCGAAGCAUUUACAGUAUCGAAUAGACCCUUUUUCAAGAGGUUGAAAAAAUCGGUUCUGAAUAGCAAGUCUUGAAGUAAUUAUUACUUUCACAUUUUCGAGUAAACAUGGCAUUAUCCGGGAAGCGUGACGACGUGAAGCAGGUCCCUUGGUAUUCUUCAGCCGAAUGGCAUGACGUGUACACAAAAAUCUACUCCAACAAUACAGUCGAACAGACGAAAGCGUACAAAGUGCUUUUAGCAUGGAAAGCCAGGAUACCGAAAUUGCCGGUGGGUGUAGACAGCACCCUCUCGAUCUUACAAGUUUGCCUCCGUGAUCGCGAGUGGAGUUCCAAGAUUGACAAUGGUGAAUUGCCAAUGUGUUACGAGAAUGAUUUAAGGUUGAUGUACUCCACCACGAUAAUGCGAUUCUUAAAUCAUAUAUCGAAUAUAGGACAAACAAAACAAACAUCUCUGUUUCAAAUUGCACAGCAAUUGAAAAUUCCAGAAUGGAUAGUUCAUCUAAGGCAUAAUACUGCUCAUGGACAUGAAUUAGCGUCUCUUAGCCUAUUAAGGAUAGCCAUUAAUAUAUUACUCGAAUGGUUACAUGAGGAGUAUUGGGCACCUGAAGUGCUUGCAAUGGAGCAAUUUUAUGUAAAAGAAAAUAAUACAGUAGAAGAGGAAGAAGAACCAGACAAUACACAGGUCCUUAGAGAUCUGAUUGAGCUUUGGACAAGUGUUGGUUUAUAUAUACAUGCUGGUCAUCAAUUAGUAUCAGAACUACCAGAUACAGAAUUACAAAUAACAUUACAAGAUUUACGGAUAUAUGCAUUGUCCCAGCAUGAUGGAAGCUUAGAUAGCGAAAAAAAUGAAGACAUACAAGUCAGUGAAAACUUUAAAAACAUUAAAAAUGAAAGAAGAUACAAUUUAAAAGCUGCACAGGCUUUACUUUUAUUAGAGAUAUCUGCGUGUCUCUCUAAAAACUUAUCAGUACUUGAGAAAAAUAACACAAUUUGUAAAAUGUUGUGUGAAAAUGGGAUUUUCUUACCUAAUUCCGAUAGUAUGCAUAUUUUCCUGCAGAAAGGAAAACACAAAAUUAACUCAAAAAAGAAGUUUAUACCACCUGAUAUGCUACACUUUUGGAAAGAUAUUAUUAUUUUGCUGCAGAAGAAGAGGCUAUUAAAGACACUGAUAUUUAAGCUGCUUAACAUCUUGGAUGAAGAGCAUGAAAUUAAAGAAAGGAAAACAUUUGCUGUUUUAUGGAUAAAUACUAUUAUCUAUAGUUUUAUUCAACUCGACAUUGCUCAUAGUAUCUGUCGUACUAUGGAACAUGACUUAAACAUAAUGGGUAAACAAUUAUCUACAAAAGAUUUAAGUCAGCAUGUAAAGAUGUGCAUACACGAUAAAUAUCCAUAUUUGCAGAAUGUUUUGUGGAUAGACAUAUCAAAUAUCACACCAUGCUUCCUUUUUGAUAUAAAUUUCGUACGGAAGCUUUUAUUACGGUCAAAUGAAUUCUUUGUGGAUUUGAUGCAAUCAUUUUUGAACAUUGUUACGCCGAAAAUAGAUGCGAACACAAAAAGAGACUUAGUAAACUUAUUCAAAAUUUAUACUCAAAAAAGUAAUAAUAUUGAGGAUAUUUGUGAGAAAAUAUACACUGUUGACGAUCUUCGUGCAAAUACGAUGGGAAAUGAAGCACCAGUGCAAGUGGAAGAAUGUAGUGAAAAAAAAACCUGUUUAUUAGUGGAUCAGGUAGUUCGAAAUUUACAGUGGAAGUCAGCACCCGAUACUUAUCAAUGGGUAAGAGAUCCUACUGGCUUAUUGCCAUGGCAAGAUUCAUUGGAGAGUUUACAAUCAAUCAAACCAAAACUACUAAAACAUUCAGCUUCAGUUCUGGAAUCGCAGACAGUCGCUGGCAUCCUGGACAGUAAGAAUUUGAGAAUGGAAAGUCGUAUCAAUUGGGAUGAUGUAUUAUGGAAAAGGGGGAAAAAGAGGAAACAUAGCGAAGAUGUCGCUGACGUUAUAAUGAACAGAGCAUUAGAAAUUGUUAAAAAGCAGAAAUGAUUCAACUUGCAUUACAUUGUCAUAUAUAUGUAUAUAUCAUAUAUUUAUACACGUUAUGCAAGAAAAAAUGGUGUUUAUUAGAAAUUACAUUUAACAAAUAAAUUAUAUGUAUUUCUAGUAAAAAAUUUGUUAAAACGACUCAUUAUGGAGCGUUUAUAUUUUAAGUGGUAAAUCUCCAUUUAACAUUUCGCAUAAAAAAAAUAUAGUAAUAAUAUAUUACAAAAAUGUGAAAGUA